AUGCCCCGUCCGGCCGUCGCGCUCGGGCAUUCGGCGUUCGCUCUACCCAGCAGGCUGGCAAUCUCCCCCUUCAGUCUCCUUCUUCGUUGCUUCCCCAAGCAAUUGCCCCGGCGAGGCGUCGACCCCGUUCGAUCUCGAGGAGGAGCAACCCCGGCGGCCUGCGCCCUUCGGCAUUCCGCCUCAGCAGCAGCAGCAACAAAGCUCCACGGAUGGGCGCCGUCGCGGGAGCUCUGCGGAAGACGGCGACGGACGGCUCCGGGGACGGAGGAAGAGGAGCAGAAGUGCCGCAUCUGCCGCCACCCCGCCGAGCCAGAGCGCCCCCUGCGCCACCCCUGCGCCUGCCGUGGCAACAUCCGCUUCGUCCAUGAUGACUAUCAGCUCCGGUGGCUCUCCACCACCCGCCAGCGCCGCUGUGAGGUGUGCGGACAGGAGAUCUCCAUCCGCCCCAUCCACGGUGUGGGUGCCUCGGCCCUGGCAAAGCUUGCGAGUCUCAUCGUAUCACUGUUGUGCCUCAUCCUGACAGUCAAGGUUGCCUUGGAGCUCACCAGCCUGUACCUAUGGCGCCUCGCGCUCGCCAGGAGCCGCGCCGAGGCCUUCCGUCUGCUCUCCGCCCGCCCCUUUGAACCCCCCGUCCUUGCUCAACUGGCGCUCCGGGCUGAACGCGUGUUUCACGCAAAGUACGGGGGACGUCGGAGCCGCUGCCAGGUCGCCGUGCUGCGCCUCCUUCAGUUUUCCGUGGCGGUAACAAUGGUUGACAUGGUUCUGGCCUGUACAUCUGCAUUUAUCCCUUUCACACUUGGAAGGAUAAUCCUAUUGCGCACAGGUGAAUUCGACUCCUUUGCUGCAACAUCCUCGGUCCUCCUAGUCGGAUACGGGUUUAUCUUCUCGCUGGCGCUGGGUGCCACUUUCGCUUGGCUUCUUCAUACUACUGGGGGCGUCUUCCCGAGACUCGCCAGGGGCUUCCGCGCGCUCUGCCGUCUACCGGAGCUGGCCUGGGACUUCUGCGUCUAUGACCUUGAUAAGUAUGUUGUGGAUGAGCCUAUUGUCAUUGGGCAGAGGUUGGAAGACGUCGCCGACGGUAGGUGAAGGCGGGGAACUCUGUUUCCAGUAGUUGGUAGGAACAGGGAUCUGGUGAUAUAUACAGUAUAUAUAUAUAGCAUGGUUAUAUAGGCCACGUUAUUGAGAUGAUUCUAGGCAUAUACAUUUCUGGUGAAACUUGUAGAUGUGGAUGCAGUUUCCCAUGUGGAAGUUACCGUGGGUCAUAUCGGUCGGUCAGUUCGACAGCUUCUUUCCUUUUUUGUUGAACUGAACUGUUCGUAAAUUUCUGCCCCUUUUUACUGUGGACCACUGGCAGGAUAGGCUGAGGAGAAACGAGAUGAUGCUGGUUGCCUUUCUUAAUUUUUGCAAUUCCUUUCAGUUUCACUGGAUGGUUUUUGGUGCAUGCCAGAUAUGCUUUGUCCCUGUCAAAAGGCAUGUAUAUACUUGUUUGUUUUGGCAGAGUAGCCACUAAAUGCUUCAGGCAAUCAGCUUAGAGUUUCUCGCGAGUUUGGGGAAGUUUAUCUUGGAGCCUGUUUUGCCAAGAUGUCGGCAAUCAGCUUAGAAUUUCUCGGGAGUUUGGGGAAGUUUAUCUUGGAGCCUGUUUUGCCAAGAUGUCACAAAUUCAGCACGGAAAUUUGUUUUUUAUAUGCGGUUCUGUUAUCACUCAGAUAUGUUGGGAUUGUGAGCAAAGUGUACCCUACACAAUUUUUGGCUGACCAAAAAAGCAGUGCUUGUUCGGAUGACCCUACACAACAUGGCAUCCUGCAAACUAAAGACCCAAACGAGCGAAUUGUGCGUCGUAGGAGUCGCUCGGUUGUAUAACUAAGUGCCUCUUCGGUUCCUCGACUGCCCUCCUGGAGCAGAGCAGGCUGCAGCUCAUUUUCUCGGAGCGGCUCAAACCGAGCUCCAUAGGUCCCCAAAGUGGAGCGGGGUGGAGAGAUUCCGAACAGAGCCUAAAUAUGUAACUUUCGCCAAAUACAUUUUCCCUUUAGAAAAAUGUUGAUGAAGAUUGCCGUGGAACAUAAAAAUCAUCAGAGAGAGCAUAUUCUGCCGGCCCUGAAUACUCUGUAGCUCCAUUGUCAAUCUGCUACGCAUUGGCCAACUCAAAUACAGUUCAGACUGAAGUGUCAAAAGCAUCCAAAUUUCACUCUCAGGAAGAUCAGCUAACAAACGAUUGCAAUCCGGCAGCUUCCAAACUAUACUAAGUAUAUCAAUAAUAUUGCCAUGUCAAUAAGUCAAUUUACCUGAAAGCCUGUACUUGUGCUAGAAAUGUAUCUGGUAAAUCAGGCAAUAAUAACUUACUUCAGGAGAAAAAAAAACUGUAGUUCAGACAAGAAACACACUCAUAAAGGCAGAUAGCUCAGUAACAAACGAUCAAAUAUCACGAUGCUAAUCUGGAGCACUGGGUCUUACUGUUGACUCCAAGUUUACAAACCAUGUAGGUCUCUAGGUGCAUAUUUGCUACUCAGGCAAGCAUACAAAUCUUUGCAGCCAAGUACAUGGCAAUGCACGAACAAUCACACACCAGUUCUAUGCAAAUUCCUAGAUCCUCGUCAAGUUUCUUCAUCAAAAUACACUAACAGAUCUUGCUGUCAUAUUAUGAGGCAUUAAGAUGUUAAUCAAUGUUCUCUUCUCACUGUACAAAUGAAAUUGUUUGCUCAUAAAGGAAAUAUAACAAGUGGGCAAGAAGCAAAACUAAGACUUGGCAAAAUGACAGCAGUGAUUGAAUUCGCCUAGUUUGCAACACAAGCAAUCCAAAUUACCCCUGGUCUCACUGGCAACAUUUGAAGCUAAAAGAAAUAAGCA